AUGGCGAAACUUGAUACCGAGAUGUGGAUUUGGUACUCCCUGACGCUCGUCGUCGUCAUUUUCAGAAUGACUUCGCGUCGCAUGUUGUUGGGAUCAUUCAAAGGAUUGUUGGCAGAUGACUAUCUAAUGGCACUGACAAUGAUCACGUAUACCGCCCUCCUCGCAGUCGUCAGCGUCCUCGGUCACACACCAACCAACCUCAUCGACCCAGCCCUUAACAUAAAACUCACACCCGAAGACAUCAAGCUACGCGAAUACGGAUCGAAAUUGGUUCUAGUCACCGAACACAUGCAGAUGAUUACCCUCUGGGGUGUCAAGGGAUGUUUGCUAUUCAUGUACAGUCGACUUACGCUGAGUUUGAAACAAAACUUCUUGGUCAAGCUUGUCGCUGGAUAUGUCAUCGUUGGAUUCGUGGUGAUGCAGAUCUUGUGGUUUGCUGCUUGGUGUCGACCUUUCAACCACUACUGGCAGGUUCCUCCAGAUGACUUGAACUGCUCAGCCGAAACGAAUCAUAUGAUUACCAACGCUGUUGUCAACAUCUCCUCCGAUGUCAUGAUCAUCAUCCUCCCAAUGCCAGUCUUUUUGCAGUCUCAACUACCGCUGAAGCGAAAGAUCAUCCUCUGCGGUGUCUUUGCCUUGGGUAUCUUCACUAUCCUGGCAGCUACCAUGUCCAAAAUCUACAGUCUCGGCGACCCCUACGGUAUAGAUUGGUCAUACUGGUACAUUCGUGAAGUCUCAACCGCUGUCAUUGCAGCCAAUCUACCUCUCACCUGGACUCUUCUCCAACGCAUCUUCCGACUCGGAUCAUUCAGUGCACGCUACGGCAAAUCAUCCAACCAGCGUACCGGAGAAGGCGGAACAUCUCGGUUCCGAUCUACAUACGGCAACCUCAGCAGCAUGGAUCGAAGACCAAAGCGACCUACUUACGUCGAGCCCGGUAUGAGCUUGAACGACAGCCAAGAGGAAAUCAACGGGAAUGGAAUUCCCUUAAAGAUUUACCAGAAGAAUGAGGUUACGAUUAAUAUCACGACUGAGGAGGUCAAGGAUAAGGACGAUCAGAGGACGUCUUCACCACCCGGGGGACGACCGGAAUUUUUAAGAGAGGCUGUUUCACAUAGUAGCUUGGAAGGAGACAAGACGCCGAAUGAUAUGGAGCUUGGAAUUGUUACCAAGGUUUAUCAUGGAGUUUAA